CCAGGGUCAUGGGUUCCUCAUAUUGAAGUAAUGGUCACGUGUUCAUCACCGGGGUAACAGGUCAUGUGAUGUUUAUCGAUAACCCGAUUCGCCGUUUGGGAGCAAACGGUCGGAAUCUCGUCUUGUCUUGUGUGGCCCAAACCCCUCGCCAAUUCCCACAAAACGUUUGUCGGCAUUCCGCACAGGUCAGAUCUGGCCAAAGAUCUCGGCAAAAUGGCGGCUUCCAACGAUCUCAUCGACUUCGACAUUAUCGAGGCCCAGAAAGAGAAUGUCCAGUCCCUCCCCGGCGGCAGAUCAGCCCGUGAACUGGCCCGGAUUUUCUCUGGAGGCAGCACGAGCGAUAAAUUGUCGACACCUUCCCCAAACGACACAAGGACCAUCAAUGGUGCCAUUCGCCAAGAAUAUGAGAAUGAACUAGAAUCAAUAGGAGAAUCGGACGAUCCACUCGAUGUUUACGACCGCUACGUGAAAUGGACCUUGAACGCGUACCCGUCUGCCCAGGCUACGCCUGAAUCUGGGCUUCUCCCGCUGCUUGAACGUGCCACCAAGUCGUUCCUGUCAUCGUCACACUACCGAAAUGACCCGCGGUACCUUCGGUUGUGGAUGCACUACAUUCGGCUCUUCUCCGAUGCCCCGCGUGAGACCUUUGCAUUUCUCGCACGACACCACAUCGGCGAGGGACUGGCGUUGUUCUACGAGGAGUUCGCUGCCUGGCUAGAGGGCGCCGGGCGUUGGACACAGGCCGACGAAGUAUAUAGGCUUGGUAUGGACCGCGAGGCUCGGCCAGUUGAGCGGCUUGCGAGAAAAUACAGCGAGUUUCAGCAACGAUAUGAGCAGCAACCACAGGAUGUCGGGCCAUCUUCACCUGCUCUCCCCGCUGUCAGACCCGCACUGGCAGCUAAGACGGACCCAUUCGCCUCUUCAGAUACUGCGGAAAACCCACAAGCCUCACGGUCGUCAGCACAACCUGCUGCCCCUACCAAGACGAAGUCUGGGAAAAUGAAGAUGGCGAUCUUCUCCGAUGCCGAAGCAGCACAGUCGAGUCAGCCGGCAACUAGUGGACAGGCGAAGGGCUGGGACAGUAUCGGAUCGAUGCGAGAGCGUAGGAAGGAAAACGAGGUAGAGGCCAAGCCUUGGGCGGGGGAGACAUUGAAGGCGGGGAAGAAACCGGUGCCAUCGCAGAAGAUGGCCAUUUUCAGGGACGAGUCCAAUCUAAAUCCACCUUCAGAACAACCAAGUGCCACCAAGCACAUUCCAGAGCACCAUGUAAGGGAGGCGGUAAACCCACGAACCGGUCGACGUGAGCGUGUUUUCGUCGAUCUUGAAGCAGUAUAUCCCGACCACAGAGAUCCAACGCAGGAAGUUAGUUUCGAGGAGUUGCGAGCGAUGAAACGGGGUUGGAUGAAUAAGAAUUGGCAUCAGCAUAAGGAGCCUCUGAAGCAAAUCUCAGGCAAUGCGGCUGGGGAUGCUCAGCCGACGAAGCUGAAGGUGUUUAAGGACCAGCCACUGAGCGAACAGUUGGAGCAAAAGCCGGCUGGUGAUGCACAACCAUCUCAAUUGCAGCACCAGGAUGGAUCUUCUGAAGGCAAAGCUGGAAAAGCGAGAAAGUUCAAGGUGCAGGGAGAAACGCAGACUAUCAAAAUGAAGUUCGACUCGCCGACGAGCUCCAAGGCCCGAAGGAAGAGCACUCGAGAGCCAACGAUGACUAUGCAUACCCGGGCAGCAACGGAUGAGAUAUACGGCAUCUUCAAUCAGCCAUUGAAGGCCGAGAUGGACGAUGCUGCUGAUAGUCUCUAUGGCAGCGAGUAUGAGGAUGAGGACUGUGCAAGUACUGUUGAUAGUACAGGCACGGGCCACAUCUCCGCAGCUUCGAGUGACUUUGGCGAUGAUGAGACGCAUACAUUCCAUAAAUCUUAUGAUGACACAGAGUAUGGUGAUGGUAACACGACAAGAGCCGACAGCAUCGCUGGAGGCGAUUGGACGGAAUUCAGCGUCAGCAAGGAUGUCCCUGGGGUUGAAUCUGCCGACGCUACCUCGCAUUCCGUUGUGAGUCAGGGAGAGGUCGAAUCAGAGCAUGGUACACCCGAGAAGGAGCGGUUCAUACCUCGAAUGCCUGAUGACUAUAACCCUCCCUACGGAACGUAUCGCGAUCCUGCUAUUAUGGCGCAAAACCGGCUGCCAUUCAUGACGCCUAUCGUGGAACGAACCGAAUCUUCCAUCUCAAUGACAGCAGCUAGGAGUCUUUACAAUGCAAAGACUCCGUCAAAACCAAGGUCACCCUCGGGUGUGCCGCAAAUGGGUGACCUGCUUUCCAGUGAAUUUGGGGCAACGACCCCCCACCAUGGGGAUCACACCGUCGGCUCGGCAGUUGAUGUUCCUUUUAGUCCGACUGCCUUCAAAGCCCUUGCCCCAAAAGCUCGCCGACGAGAAGCAAUCAUCAAGGACUUACAGUGUAAUCCAACCGAAAAGGGCAUUCGCAAUACUAUUUUGAACUCUCUGGAACCCCCGCUUGCUGCCUAUCCGGGAUAUCAUGGCCACGUCCAAGAUAGCAACUACGCGAGCAUGAUUCAGAAAUUUGUCAAAGCGCACAACCGAAAGUCCCGAAGUGCCGAUGAUGAUCGCUUCGAGACGCCUACGCUCGAUUUCCUCGGUGCUGAGCGUAGCUACAUCAUCCGCCGUGGACUAGGCGCCGGCGCGUACGCCCCCGUCUACCUCGCCGAAAGUGUUGAUCACCAACGAUCCUAUGGCUCCGACUCGGACGAAGAGGAAAGCAUCAAGUCGAACCCCUACGACAGCGCUCGAUACCCCUUCGAAGCAGUCAAAGUCGAAAACGGGCCCUCCAGCGCCUGGGAAUUCUACAUGAUCCGCACAGCCCACGAACGUCUCCGCAACGCACCACAACACACCCGUGCUGUGGACAGCAUAGUCCGUGCACACGAGCUACAUGUCCACCCGCGCGAAAGCUUCCUCGUCGAAGACUACCGCGGCCAAGGCACACUCCUCGACCUAGUCAACAUCCUACGCAACGACUCCAUCAGCUCAACGCACCCCAGCGACGGCGGCCUAGACGAGUCCCUCGCAAUGUUCUUCUCAAUCGAGCUAUUCCGCACAAUAGAAGCACUCCACGCCACAGGAAUCUUACACGGCGACAUCAAAGCGGAUAACUGCCUCGUCCGUCUAGACGACUGCCUCCCCACAGACCCACCCACAAAAGCCCUCUCCCUCCUCGACCUAGGCGACGGCUCCACAUCAGCCACUAGCCCGCGCGAUACCCCCGCAUACGCACCAUCCGGCGCCUUCGGUUGGCGCGCCAAGGGUCUAGCGCUAAUAGACUUUGGUCGCGCAAUCGACAUGAACGCCUUCCCGGCUAGCGUCCAAUUCCUGGCAGAUUGGGAAUCGGAGACUCACGAGUGCAACGAAAUCCGCGAAGCACGUCCCUGGACCCAUCAAAUCGAUCUCUACGGCAUCGCGGGCGUGAUUCAUAUCCUUCUUUUCGGGAAGUAUCUUGAAAGCACGCCCGUGCGUCCGAGCGAUGCCGGGACCAGUGCUGCUGCUGGUACUCGAACGUAUCGUAUCCGUGAAUCGCUGAAACGAUACUGGGAACGCGAAAUUUGGGGCGACGUCUUUGAUUUAUUGCUCAAUCCCGGUGCGGAGCGGUGGGUUGCCAUGGAGGGCGGUGACAUCGCCGGUUCUGGUCCCGUGUUGCCGGUUCUCAAGUCGAUGGCCUAUGUGAGGGGCAGAAUGGAGGAGUGGCUUGCUUGCCAUGCAGAGAAGAAGGGUCUUGCAUUGCACAUUAGACGGAUUGAAACUGUUCUUGCGGAGAGGAAGAAGAAACUUGAGCGUGUUUGAGGGUCGGUUGAACUUCUUUUCAUCUGAAAUGGUUAUGUUUCGGUUUUCUCUUUUCGGAUUUCGUUGGAGAUCGGAAAGUUCGACUUUUUGUUUGAUUGGUGGGUUGGGUGAGGACGGUUGCGAUUUUUGCUUACUUUGUAUGAUAUUUCGGUUUGCUUAGAGUCUUUAUACCCCCUUUUGCUAUUAUCUUAUUUUUGCAUACAUGCUCAACCGUGUGAUGAUGAUUAUUCCUGAUGUUUAAGAUUUAAUAUGGAUAGAUAGCGUUGCGUUGGUUCCUGGAGAUGCACUACUUUUUUCCAUUCCCUACGUCCUCUAGCAACUCUAACCGUUACCGUUUGCUUAAGUACAUGUCAAACCAUCAUGUACUCGUAUGUCUACACAUCUAAUAUUUAUACAGUCACAAAUUUGGAGAAGAGAAGAGUAAAGUUAAAUUCAACGAAUCAAUUCCAUCCAUCAUCACGCUAGAAAAAGAAAUCCCAGAUUCGCAAACAAGACAAAGAUCACAGAGUUCCUAGAUCUAAUCACUGAAUAUCAAGCAACGCAGAUGAUGAAGCCAUGGAGAAGAUUCGCUGGAAAGGAUAAAAAUAGGCAACAGCGUGGAGCAUCAAGCAAGGCAAGACAGGGUAAGGCUCUGGAUGCCACGACUGUCGUAGAUAGAGGGCUCAAGUGCUGAAACACGAGCGAAGAUGCAACGCAUAGCAAUGCAAUAUCGAUAUCGAGAGGGGAGACGUGCUUGGCGGGUGUGUUAGACGGGCGAGAGCAGAGCAGAGUAGCUUCAAUAUACGGUCCAUGAUCUUGGGGGAGUCUUGAUCAGGAGUACAUCUGCAACUGCAUGUAAAUGAUCAAAAUCAAGAACAGACAUGAUCGCGGAAAUAGAUUAAACCCGUCCUUCACGCGAGCUGAGUCGAGUCGAGAAAAGAAAUGAAAAAAUAUGAAUAAGUUCUCAUCAGACGAGCGAAAGAUGACAGAUGAGAACCCGAAUAGAAGCAAAAUGGAGUUGAAAAUAGAGCUCGCUGGCAUCAAGGUCGAAAGUUGCACAGACAUAAGGCACAGAUAGGCACAGGCAAAAAGGCGAGGCGGAGCAGAUCAAGAGAAGAACGAUAACCAAAACACCACGCUGCGUCUCGUCGGAGUCAGGAAAGGGGUCGUUCGUGGGGCGCAACAGGUAUUCGAAAUCAUGUGCGGUCGUUUCGUUUCGGUUCGUCUAUUUAAUGGGAGUGAAAUGGCAUAUUGUAUCGUCAUGCACAUUCUUUUUUGGGGGGUGAGUUCGGAGACAUGGUCAUGCAUCACCUCAGGAAGAGGUGGUCAAGGUGAAGUCGAGAGCGGAUGUUGUUGGCUCCGGUCAGCAAAGCGAGGUUCAGCUAUGCCGAUGGAGAGGGAUUGCCGAAGAGAAAUUAUGAGGCAGAAGGUCAUCCAGUGCGCGUCGUGAUGCGGGGUGCAGUGUUCAAUUCUUUGGCUAGUAGCACAUAGACACACGACAACUGCAGACGAAGACAGAAAGAAAUAUAAGGAAAGUCGAAAGAAAGUGGCUCGCAACUAGGCGAGGGAGUUGCUGACAGUGGUAGUGAUGUUUUUUUGGUUUUCAGUUUGAGGAUUUUGCGAUAUUUUUUUCAUGGUUUUCGUGAUGCAAUUUUGUCUGUCCCGUGCCAUAUAACAAUAAGCCACACGGGUCGGAACGGGCAAGUGAAAAGGAAAUGAACCAAUCGGUCUAGCCGAUAUGAGAGAGUGUGUGAAUGCGCAUCAAAGGAUGACAGGUACGGAUGGAGUCAGAUUUGUACAGCCAGAAAUUCUGUUGAUGUACUGGUUCUUGUCUUCAAAUCCACGGCAAACGCACUGGCAUCAAAAGACGCUGAAAUAAAUGGAUAGAGGGGGGCGGUAAUGAAAGUAAGUCCCAAUGGGAGUUGGCUGAUCUACUCCUUGAAGAGUCCAAUGACGUUCGUUCAAGGAGAGAGACCCGACACGGCGUUUAAGAUUGCAACCUUCUCAAAUUAUGUUGAAGGUUCGUAUUAUGAUAUCCAAUUUCUCCAAUUUGUGGAACAAAACGGAUCAUAGGCAAGUCAACGCAGUGCAAAUCGUCCAACAUCCAAUAAGGAGGGUGAAAAAGCCCAUCACAAGUUUCUCUUCGGUGGCGAGAGUAGGUAAAAAUCAUGGUAGUGGGAAAGCAGUCGGUUGUUUUUGAGGGAGAUCCCAAGCAAGCCAGGUACAGAACACACACUGACAAGUUGCAGAAAAAAUCUCGGGCCAUCUCAAAGCAUAUCGUUACAUUCGUCAAGGCCGUUGCUGUCAUGAAAAAUAAAGGCUGCGAUUAAAAGAGGGAAGAUGCCCGACAUGCUUCUCUCGUGUAUCGUUCAGGUCGUUAUGCAAAGGGUUGAAAAGACAAGGUCGCAAAUAGAUCGGCACCACAAUGCAGUCGGAAAGGUCGAGGAAAAGUUGACAGCGGGGAACAGGCGACAGCAAAACAAUAAAUCGGGUAGGCGAACACCUACUGGCGCAGGGAGGACAUGUUCUGGAUCUGCCGGCGAAUGCGCUCGGCGUCGGACAAACCCUCCUCAAAAGGGUUCCGCAGCGUCGGUUCUGCAGUCUUCUCUUGCGCCUGGAAGGGAGUCGGAUUGGUCGAUGUCUCGGCGUACGGCAUGAUACUGCCUUUGGCAAAUGGUUCUGACAGCGAGGGUGCAUGUCUGAUGAACCGCCCAGGUGCAUCUCGACGCUUGAAAGCGGACUCGACCUUGAAAGGUGAACCCAGUCGCUUAAUGUUCUCACCGCUGAGAUUCAGGAAGUGGUUGAUGGGAGUUUUGGUGACGGGUGUGGUCUCCUCGCCUUCAGCUUGGGAGGAGUUGAGAGACGAAGGAGGUGAAAAGAGCUGGUCGACAUCCCGGGGUGCAACGGCACCAGAGGUAGUAGCACCGCGGUUACGAACUCGAACUCGGCCCUUGCCAAUGCUUUGGAACUUGUUCUCGCGCAGGAAAUGCUCCAAGCGAGUCUGAACAUCUUCGUCCUGGUCUUCAUUCUGGGCAUGCACAUCGCUCGUGAACACGUCAUCCAUGUCUCGUGGAGUAUUCUCCAGGUUGGUGGUGCGACGUGGACGGCGGUUAGGAACAUGGAUCGUCUCGCGUCGGGCUGACUGGGGAACAUCUGUGGCAUGACGGCGGGAACCCCCCGGUCCCCAUGUGCUGUACACGAAAGGUGAUCCCAACCGUGGGGGCAAGUUAUGAGGAUCAAUUGCGGGGAAUUGAUGGAGCUGAGUGGGAGGUUGAGGUGCUGAGCAAGUAGGCAAGGCUGUGGGCACAAUAGCGUUGUUGAACCAGCCUGAUUCAGAGUCUCCGGGUACUGGCUGCUUGGCGAGCUGAGCCAGAACGUUCGAGGGAUCGGCCGAGAUAAGGGAGACACCCAGGUCGCGAGUAGCAUAGGCAUUCGUGUUGCUGGCAAAGUCAGAGACACGCGUUUCGGCAGGAAUUCCAAGGGUGUCGGCCAUGGGCUCCGGACUACGGGACUGCAUUAUGCGGUGAUAGUAAGGCGAAAUGGAGAGCUUGCGGCGGCACAAAUGCUUGAGUCGGCAACGGGUCUUUGCAUCUGACCGGGGCCACGCAGGGUACACGGAGGAUUCCCGCGCACGAGGUGUAGAACUCCCGCUGCGAUCAUUCGAUUGAGUCGGAAGAGUGUGCGCAAAUGACAAUCUUCUGCUGCUGUCCCAGGUGCGCUUCGCGCGGCGCGCAACUCUUGCCGUGACGCCCAAUGGCGGGAUACUGCCGGGAGUCUGCUUGAACGGGGUGAUGGUCGGGUCUUGCAGGUACAUUUGGUAUGUGUUCCACAGAUGAUUGUCCAUUUCACGAGUCCACAAUUUGUCCUUGACAAGGGCUCGCUGCACCUGCUUUCUUUCAGGAAGAGAAGGAGACUCGGUCCCGGGCUCCUUGGCGAUCUCGAGCACGAAGGAGUGGUCGAAGGCAUCGCUCUCCACACUGGUGCAGCUUCCUCCUACGGAAGGGCGCGAGGCCAAAGUCUCGACGGACUCGCAGGAGGAAUCAGAGCACGCGGUUCCGGGGCGCUGAAUAUUCCGUGCCAGGCCUGGGGUCUCAUCCCACGACGGCCACAUCUGCUCCGAGUCGCCGCCAUCGAAAGGCAUGCCGCGCACCUGGGCCGGGGGAGUCUUAAAGAUCAAGCGCUGGCGAGGAGGCGCGAGGAAGCGAUCGUCAUUUGCAAGGUCAUCGGAGUAAGUCGCGUCCGAGGGCGAGCCCCCUUGCGGGUACUCGAUCGAGGGCACGGGAACAUCCUGUGAUGAAAGCGAACCUUGGAAUCGAAAAAGAUCCAGGUUGAUCCGCUCGCAGACGUCAGUCCCGGAGCGGACGCGCACGCGAGGCAAACGGCAACUGGAGAAGGAAUGGCGCGGGGGAGGCGGGACCUCGAUCUGGGCGGACUCGCGUUCGGGAGUCCUGGGCCCAUCGGAACAGAGCGACGGGAAGGUGAAGUUCUUGGGCAGCGUCUGCGACAGCUGACGCUGAGCCAUGAUGGAAAGUCGUGGAGGGAUCCGCUCACUGGUAUGUGGGGAAGGAUCAAUUCGAAGCGGAGGAGGAGUUGGGCAAGGAAGGGGGUUGGUCAGGUACGCGGCUGCGGCUGGUGAGAUGUUGCAGCUCGCGCGAUCGCGCUGAUGGUGACGAGGUCGUGAAUCGUGAAGAGAAAAGGAAAAAGAAGAGUAAGUCGAACGAGAGCGAGUAGGUCAGGCGUGGUAAGGAAAUGAUCUGUGUACGUGAUAGGCUGUGCAACAAGUCCUAGAGUUUCAGGUGAUCUGAAGUCUAGGUGGUUCCUGCGGAAUGCGCCAACUGGGGAUAUUUGGGAAUAUCGGGAGAUCACCAAAUCACAACUGCGACUCCAUCCCGGCGAAUGCGAAGGGAAAGAUAAGAGUCGUCAUUACCGAACACCGGACAAAAUACAAAAGAAAGUGCGAGAGAGGACCCGCAAGAGGAAAGAGGAAAGGUGGUAGUAGGGUUGGGGAAAGGGAAGGGGUGGAAGAAGGGAAGAGGAGAGAGAGUAGAGGUGAGAGGUGAGAGGUGAGAGGAGCGAGAGCGAGAGGGAGAGGGAGAGGGAGAGGGAGAGAGGGAGAGUCUGUGGUUGGGCGCCAGCAGUGAGGCGGACGGGGG